GACAUCCACUGCUGGACAAAAACCUCCCCUUUGGAUUUCCACAAUGACCGGUCCUGAACUGCCCACAUCUAGGUGCUUCCCGCUAUCCUCGUUAGUUCGUCGGUCCACCGAGUGGUGGCUAUAUUAAUUUAUCAGGACAUCAAAUUACUCGAAAACAUAAUAAAUUACAACAAUUUCUAUAAAACGUAAUGGCAGAUAUCAGUUAAACACCCAAUUAAUUCAGCAUAAAAUUUUUGGAGUCGUCAACUAAGGUUAAGGUUAAAAUUAACCUAGUACAUAAUUAUUUACACACGAAAACAUAGCUGACAUUAUUUUAGUGCAAAUUAUAAAUAUUUAUUAAUUUCUUUCAUCGCGUCGUCGGCCAUUUUGCCAUUGUUUUGUAGACAAAAAACGCUUUGAAGUUGUAGGUAAAAAAUAUUGACCAGAAAAAAAUAUGCAAGUAAAUACAUAGUUUUUUAUCUUAUUUGUUCUUGGUAUAAGCUACUCAAAUAUCUUCACUUUUAGCAUUUCUUACGAGUGUAAUCAAAUUUGCCUUGGCUGCUAAGCGCAUUUAUGGUAUAAUUAAUAAGAUUAAUGUUUACUGUUACAUUGUUAUCGAGCCACGAACGAAAUAAAAUUAUACGUCGUCCAUUAUUAUUAUUAUUGUUAUCGUAAACACCUUAUUUGCCACUUCGUAUCGGUUGCUUCAAGAUAGCAAACGUGUGAACAUGAAAAACAAAGUGUACAUUGUCGGCGUUGGUGUUAGUAAAUUCACUAAACCUAGCAGUACUUCGUACUUGGUGUAUUCAAAGGAAACUAUUGUGGACGCUCUUGCAGAUGCGAGGAUCACUUACGAAGACCUAGAGCAAGUAUUCGUUGGGUAUACCUCAAGCCCAUGCAGUGCCGAUUCCUGUUAUGGCCAGAGGAUAUGCUAUGAAAUCGGUAUGACAGCCAUUCCCAUCCACAACGUAAAUAAUAAUGGUGCUACAGGAGCAACGGCUAUAUUCUUAGCUUCCCAACUAAUACAAGGAGGGAUUAUAGAUGUAGCAUUGGCGCUAGGAUUUGAGAUGAUGACGCCUGGAGCCCUCAAGUCUAAAUACACUGAUAGAAGUCUGCCAGGAAUAUUGCAAGCCCAAAAAAUGAUGGAGCUCACUGAACUAUCCGACGCUCCAGUGCCUGUCCAAUUCUUCGCAAAUGCAGGUAUCGAGCAUAUGCAAAAGUACGGCACUACUGAAGUACAUCUGGCGAAAAUCGCAGCGAAAAAUUAUAAGCAUGCAUCAAGAAACCCUAGAGCUAUCAGUGACAAGGAGUAUACUGUUCAAGAAAUACUGGAAUCCAAGAAAAUACACGGCCCAGUGACAUUACUGCAAUGCUGCAGGAAUAGUGACGGAGCGGGCGCGGUGGUUAUCAUGUCAGAAAACGCUGUCAAUAAAUAUAAUCUUUGGGAUAAGGCAGUGGAAAUUGUUGGUAUGGAGCUUGCUACUGAUACGGCUGAUGUCUUCACUGAUAACAGCCUGAUGAAGGUAGCUGGGUAUGGAAUGACUUGUCUAGCUGCUCAACGCUUGUAUCAGAAGACAGGAGUAUCUCCAAAUGACAUUGAUGUAGUGGAACUCCACGAUUGCUUUUCUCCAAACGAGCUGAUAACUUAUGAAGGUCUUCAGCUGUGUAAGGAGGGGGAAGCUGGGAAGUUUAUUGAUGCUGGGGAUAAUACUUAUGGGGGGAAAGUGGUGGUGAAUCCCAGCGGUGGACUGAUUGGGAAGGGGCACCCAAUUGCAGCGUCUGGUGUGGCCCAGUGUGCUGAGCUGGUGUGGCAAUUGAGAGGAGAUGCUGGAGCAAGACAGGUCCCCAAUGCAAAGAUAGGUUUGCAGCACACAUUGGGAUUGGGUGGAGCUACGGUGGUGGGGUUAUACAGAAAAGUAACGAAGAACAAUGCCUCUUAAACUUAACCAUUGGAAAGUUAUAAUGAUAACUCGAAGUCAGCUAAUACCAUUGAAUAAAGAGUAGCUGCAAUGCCCCUAAAAAACUCCAGGAAAAUGGCUAUACAUGGACGAUACUCGAGAUGAAUACAUUACAUUCCCUCUAAUAUGGUCGAG